AUGAGCCACGGCGCCGCAGGAGACGUGACUGCCAUCAGCUUAGGCACUACUUUGGUUUCAACUCCUCCUACCAACAUAAGCAUAAGUGUGAGUACAGAAUCAGACUCUGCCUCAUCGAAUGUCAAGACACAUACAAGUACAGGUGCAGACCACUCUCCGAGUUCCGAUUUGGAGGAGGAUGCUGCUUCGGAAAAAGUGACGGAAACUGGUGAACAGGGAGGUGUUUCCAGUGACGAAGCCAAGGACCAGUAUGAGGAUAAUCAGGUGUCAUGGGCAACCUUAUACUGUCCGGAGAAUGGGCGAUCCCAUGCGACCCUGCUAGAUUUUGGAUUUGGCGAAUGCCCCAAGUGCGGCCAGAAUUUGACGGUCAUGUGGACGCAGCCCAGAUGGGCUCAGCAGGAGUUCAAUAACGCACAAGAACACAGCAACGAACAGGAUGACAACCAACCAGGACCGCAUUUGCCUAUGAACAGCGAAGCAGAACAAUCGGCUCCAGCGCCCGAGGUCCACGAGGACUCCACAAUUGAUCCUUCUUCCAUUGUGACCUAUUGCCUGGAAUAUCUAGACGCCGGGAGCAACAUUAUCACCACAGUGCCAUGGUCAGGUCCUUUCCACAGCUCAGUCAUUCAAAAAAGCGUCGAGGUCAAGCAGCGCGUUAUCUUCAACGUCACUACGGUUUUGGAAACGUCUGUGCCCCCGGACCCGCACAGAUACUCAAAUGAAGUCGAAGGGCUUCUACACCAUGGCAUCAUAACGAACCCGACCAUCGAGGUUGGGGUCCGUUCGACUCGUAUGACCAUCUUCUCCAAGACUCUUCUCAAUGCUCUGGCCCGUGCGGUAACUUACUACCCGGCUGAAAGACUGGGUGGGGAGUAUCUCCAACUCAAUGAGCCAUUUUGCUUAGUCGGUCAUCAUCUUACGGAGCUUGAGGCUUACCGAGCGACAUAUCGAGAAGAUGAUGUUGGCUCCCCACAGCCUGAUGCCGCAGACCAUGAUCCUGCCAUUCCUUUGUGCGAGAAGGAGACAUUUGAUCAACUAGGCCUGCUGCUUGAUUAUGUAAAAGACUCAUUCUAUAAAAAUCGUCUCCCUGAUGAACUAGCCCGACACACUCAGAACCUUUGCACAUUCGGAAUGCUGUGGUUACUCUUCAAGCCCGGAGAAACUGUGUAUAUGGAGUUUGGGGGUCAACUGUCAGCCUAUGUGGUCCAAUAUAUGCAAGUUGAUAAGACGUUGCUUUCAUCCACCGGUCGUAAGUUUACUCAUCCGUAUAUUGUCCAGCUGUGGAACCUUGACUUUAAUGGUACAUAUGUCGGGAGGCGUUCCAAAACCGUGACUAUCGCACAUUUCGAUGGCGAGCGACAAGUCACCUCGCUCAAAAUAUUUCCGUGCCACUUCAUCGAUAGACAGGACAAUGGAAAGACUCGGAGGCACUUGGAGGGAAAGCAGGUGUUCUACUUGGGCGAGUUCCUGGGUCCAUCUAAGCGACAGUACCAAGGUCGUAUCUAUGUCGACUCGGCUUCUUAUUUUUCACAGCACGAAUAUACAGCCCCAGAUAUUUGUGAAGUCGAGGACAUGGGCGACGGGCUAGCCAAAUGCCUCUGCGAGGAGUGUCGUGGCUGGAAAUCUCACCCGUUGCCUGGCUUCCGGUGGGCUGCUUAUGACCUUUUGGACCCGAGAGUGGAUACCGAUCUUGAGCUUCCUGAGUCCUCCGAAGGUGCUCGUCAUCGCUACUUACUCUGCAGCCGGGUACUCUAUGGACUUGUGUUGAAGUCCAGGACAUGGGGUGGGUGCUACCAUGUCGAAUCUACCUUUCUCAACGACUCGCUAGCGGUUGCAGAGGAAUUGAACGUCGCGUAUUGUAGGGAGCCGAAAGUAAACAAAAGGGCUAUUGAUAGCUUGGUUAUGCCGGAAGGGAGGAAAGAGAUGAUCCGCGCGCUUGUGCAGAAAUACACAGAUUCUAGAAGCGACGAACACAAUAGAUCCUGGGGAGCCGAUUUCAUCGAGAACAAAGGCGAAGGGCAGAUAUUCCUCCUUCAUGGCAGUCCGGGAGUGGAGAAAACCUUUAUUGCUGAAUGUAUAGCUGUAUACACCGGACGGGCACUACUAUCGCUGACCGUUGGAGACAUCGGUACUGACGAAGUCGUAAUGGAGAAAAAAUUGUCCAAAUGGUUCAGACUAGCCGAACAAUGGGGCGCGGUUAUGCUCAUCGAUGAAGCGGAUGUUUAUCUCGAAAGGCGACAGAUCACAGAUCUUAAGCGCAAUAGUCUGGUAUCCGUAUUUCUGCGAUGCAUCGAAUACUAUCGAGGAAUCCUCUUCCUGACGACUAACCGAGUCGGCCACUUCGAUGAUGCCUUCAUCUCUCGAAUCCACGUCGAACAAUUCUUCGACAAGUUGACCGACGAGCGCCAUGACUUUGUUGUGACUCGACGUGCAAAGUCCUACGUCUUGGAGGAUGAAGUGAUUAGCAAAAUGCAAUGGAAUGGACGGGAAAUUCGUAAUGCGUUUCAAACAGCCGUUGCCCUUGCCGAGUACCGUUUUUCUCAAAAACAAGACAAGUCCAAAGACGACGGCCCGACAUUGGAUCAGCGAGACUUCGAGCAAGUUUGCAAUAUGACGAGGGACUUCAAGCAGUACUUGACCACUGUGCAUGGUAUUGAUGAGGAGGAUCGCGCCUUUCGUGCUAAGGCUAGAGCCGGUAAUAUCCGCAGGACAUGAGGUCACGUACAAACAUGCCACAUAGACACCAUAUGAUGUCAGCCAUACCAUCUAGGUCAUUCAAUCAUGACCUCCCUUCCGAUGACUCACACCUUAACAUCUCGUUCACCAAUACUUAGGUCAUCAUUCUGCAACUUAUCAGCUUACAAUAGGGUACCCAAUCAGCUCC